AUGCCUGUUCAAUUGCUGAAGAUGAUUGAUGGAAAGCCUGAGACUCCACUACCAAGCCAUUUACAGAGGGAGGAUUUGCAACAUUUGCAAGAAGGCCUUGAUCAUACCAACAAAUACUUUCAGGGAAUAGUUAUUCUUUCCUACCCGGUAACAAAACCCAGAGAUGGGACAGAUUUUUUCAAGAUUGUUCUUCAAGAUUUGGAGAACUCAUGUUCACAGAUCAACAGCAUAAAUGUUUUAAUAUAUGGAAAAAUGGCAGAGGAUUGUGCAAAAGUUAUAUGCCAUGGGGACACCGUUGUAGUUGCAGGAUUUAAGGUGGCAAAAUCCCCUUCAGCAAGGCAGGAUGGUAGACACAGUUGCCACCUGGAGAUGUCUGAAGAAGAUGGAUCAGCUGUUUAUAUUUAUACUAAACAAAAAACAACUGCUGCUUCAGAAACUGCAGCUAUGUUUGUUUCACCAAAAUACGUCUAUACUUCUCUGAAUCAUCUUAAAGAUGGAACUACAGUGAAUUUGUAUGGUGUUGUGAAAUUCUUCAAGCCUCCAUACGUAAGCAGAGGAACUGAUUAUUGCUCACUUGUAACACUUGUGGACCCAUGCAAUGUGAAGUUAACAUGCACUCUUUUUAACGGAAAUCUAGAUGCCCUACCAAAAAUUUACAAAGUUGGAGAUGUUGUUCGAUUUCAUAGAAUAAAGAUCAGGCAAUUCAAUGGACGGAUGCACGGAAUUACCAGUGUGGGGUUUGCAUCCUUGACAUUUGAUGGAACUGUGGGAGCGCCAAUAGUUCCUCGAACCUCUAGCAAAGUGUACACUUUCAUGGAUGAAGAACAGAAAAUAAUAGAAGAAUUACGUGUUUGGGCAGCCAGUAAUCUUCUGACCUCAGGACCACCAGCAAAAUUGUGUGAUGUUCAGCCAAUGCUGUUCUUUGAUCUCACUUGCCAGCUGGUAGGAAAAGCAAAAGUAGAUGGAUCUUCUUUUCUU